ACACGAUGCUGCGAGGAUUCCUUCUUGGUCUUGCGGUCGCUGCUCUCAACUGCGUCGUUGCCGAGCCGCCGCAUGUAUGCAUUGUGGGCUCGGGCAUUGCGGGCGCCAGCGCAGCUCACUUCCUCGCGGAUGCCGGCGUCCGCCUCAGCGUCUUUGAGAAGGAAGGCCACGUGGGCGGUCGCAUGCACGCGUUCCCGUACCGCGGUGUCAAGAUCGAGGCCGGCGGGACAAUCAUCCACGUCAACAACAAGUACAUGGUCGGCUUUGCGCAGCGACUAGGCCUGACGCUCGUCAAGCCCGGGCAGUUUAUUGACGGCACGUUGCGCAUGGGUAUCUUUACGGGCGACGACUUUGCGUUGGAAACGUCGACGUCGAGCUACGUGACCAUGGCCAAGAUGCUCUGGCGCUACGGGCCGCUGAAUCUCAAGCGCAUGAAGAAUAUCGUCCAGAAAACACUCGACAAGUUUGACGCUAUCUACACGCUCCAGGACGCUGGCGCCGCGUACGCGUCACCCACUGACCUCCUCGCGGCUCUCGGUCUCUUGGAGACUACAAAGACGUCGCUGGAAGCCAUCAUGGUGGCCAACGGCGUGAGCCCGCGGCUCAUCAACGAGCUCAUGGCCAGCAUCACGCGCGUCAACUAUGGCCAAAACACGACGAUGAGCGGCUUUGGCGGUCUUGUGGGCCUCGCGGGCUCGGGCGACGACCUGCGUGCGAUCGUCGGCGGCGACUACCAGAUCCCCGAAGGCCUCUUGCGCGAGGCCAACGCCGAUGUCUACCUCAACACAACCAUCACGUCCAUCACACCUGCAACCGACGGCACGUUCGAACUCAUGACGUCCGGCGGAAGCGGGGCCACGUGCAGCGCCGUCGUCAUCGCAGCGCCGCUCGAGCUCAGCAACGUGGCGCUGCCAUCGCAAGUGCACAUUGCGCCACGUCGCUUCCAAAUGACAUACACGACGUUUGUCCAAGGCGAGUUGCAUUCUGCGUACUUUCAGCGACCUUCCGACGUGCCCGAGACGAUCUUGACGACCGAGAACACGUCGCUUCCGUUCUCUUCGAUCGGCUUGCAGUACCGCAAAGACGGCGUGAGCUUGUACAAGGUCUUUUCCCGGGCGCCGAUGACCCCAGCCGUCUUGGCGACCUUCUUUGAGCCGCGCUUUGAGAUUGUCCAAACGUAUCCGUGGGCGGCGUAUCCGACGUUCCACGUACCCGAGGUGUUCGGCCCGUUCGAGGUGCUGCCCGGCCUUGUGUACCCCAAUGCGAUCGAGAACGCGGCGAGUGCGAUGGAGAUGAGCGCGCUUAGCGGCCGCAACGCUGCGCACCUCCUCCUCGCGCACCUGCAGCUGCCCGCCACGACAGCGUCGUUUGCGCACAUCAAGGACGAGCUCUAAGCAAUGGUGCUGCGAUUACGACACUAGAUGCUUUGGUCGAGGCUUGUCGGUAGCGUCGAGAGCUGUCGCAUCGCGGCGUCGUACUUGGCGCUGAGCGCAUCGCAACGCGCUUGGGCGUCGUCGAGGAGGCCUUGGUACAUGGCGGCUUGCUCGCUCAGGCGCUCUUCGAGACCAUCUACUUGAGCGACGUAGAAGCGGAUGUCAGGCUCGUCCUUUGCUUGGAGCUUUGCUAGCAGCGCGGCGUUUGUACCUUCGAGCGCAGCGCAGCGCUCGCGCCACAUGGCCACGUGGGGGUCCGCGCUUCGCUUGGCACUUGGCGACGGCGGCGACGACGAUGGCAUGUGCGGCCGCACGGCCGCGCCGCGGAGCGGACUGCUGGCCUCAAGAAUCUCCUCCAUGGCCUCGACCUCGUGCUUGUACUGAUCCAACUCGACUUGCUGCAGCUGGUAGCGCUCGACUUGGGCUUCGAGGUCGGUCACGCUCUUCUGCGCGUCGUGGAGUGCCGCCUCUUGACGACCGAGAAGCUGCGCGAGCCCGUCGUUUUGUUUUUUCAAGUGCGCGAUCUCCAGAUGCAGCGUCGCCGAGGCAGCGUGGUCACGGUCCAAGAGCUGUCGAUGAUUUGCGUGCUGCUUGUCGGCGAGCGCGAGCGCCCGCUCCAGCUGCGCCAUCUUGGUCGCCAUCGUCGCCUUCGUACGCUCAAGCGCCGUGAUGUGGGCUUGCUGCGCCUCCAACGUCGCGUCCAAUUGCACGCUGUUGGCUUGCUCCUGGUCGUACCGCGCGGUGAGCGAUACAAUGUGCUUUUGCAGCUGCUGCAACUGCACACCUGAUGCGCGCGCUCCAGACUCAAGUUCGUCCCGCUCGAGUUCAAGCGCCGCGAUCCGCGCAUGGUUCUCGACACUCUCGUGGUGUUUUUGCGCUCGCAGCGCCGUGAGCUGGCGCUCUUGCCCGUCAAGCUGCAGCUGCAAGUUUUCCAUGUCCACGCUUGCGCUCGCGACGACGUCAAGAUCUCGCACUUGGUUUUCAAGCUCGCGCACCUGGGCCUCCAGCGCGCGCUUUUGGGUUUGGAGUUCGCGCGCUUGCGACUCGCGAUCUAAUAGCGUAGCUUCCAGCUCGAGCACCCGAGCGCUCGACGCUCGCGAUGGCUCUCGCGCAUAGACGCUGCGACGAACAUAGCACUGGUCGAGCUGCGCCCGCAGGACGUCAACGACCCACGCCGACGUGGACGACAUGACGUCCCACACGCCGUCAACGUCCUUGCGACUGGCGAGCGCGCUCUGGAGCGACGAGCAUUGCGCUGUGAGCAGCAGCUUCUCCUCGUUCAUGCUCGCGACCGACGCUUGGAGCGUCGCCAGUUGCGUCUGGAGUUCAACGUGCGUGCGCUCGUACGACGUAAUCGUGGCGCUUAGCUGGUCGCGCUCGACCUUCCACGCGGCCAUGUGGUCGUCGGGCUCGGCGACUGGUGCGCCAGCUUGGAGCGCUUCGAUCGUGUCUUCGAGUACGUUCAUGCGCGUGACGGCCUCGGCCAUCUGCUCGCAGUGCGUCUUGGCUAGCCCCAAAAGCUUGGCGCGAAGGCUAUGGAGCUCAUCGUGGGACCGAUGGAGCUUCUCUUCCGUGCUGAGCUUGUACUGUUUGAACUCGUCUUCGAGGAGCGUCACGCUUUGCUGGGACCGCACGUACUCGCCGAGGCGCCGGAGUUCCUUCUUGAGGUUGAAGAGGUCGCGCUCGUAGCCUUGUUGGCUCGCCAUCGUCUCGUCCUCGAGCUGAAGCGGCAUGCGUUGGAGCUGCGCGUCGAGCGCCGCGAUCGUGUCGGGUAGCACCAACGACGACGUGCGGUGCAUCAUCAUCGGUGACGUCGGCGCGUCACUGUCGCUGUGAAAGUGCUGGAUGAGCGUCUCCGCGUCCGCCAAGUUGUGCUCAAGGCCCUCGGCCGCUUGGACCCACGCGGCGUUGGCACGCAGCAGCACCGACGAGCUGCUCCGGCGUGCCAUCGCUGGCUUGAAUAAAUCGUCCUUCGAUAUCGACAUUGCACUUGUUUGUGCGUGCUGAAGCUCACGCGUCAGAGCCUCGCACUUGCCUUGCCACA